AUGGUCAAAUUCGCUGUUCUCCUCAUUGCUGCUACCUCUGCUUUCUGUGGACUAGCCACUGCCAGCAAUUGCAAGCAUGGACUAUAUUACUGUGGCCACGGCCUGCUUCACAAAGGAAACUAUUACCAAGAUAUAUCCAGUUCAUUGCGCGCCGCUGGCCAGCCACUUGACGAUGCGCAUGUCAACGACUCGCUGUUCUUCUGCCAGGGGGACGACGAUGUGCCAUUCGUGAGUUAUUGCGCCCAGGGAUGUCAGGAUGGAGGCAGUGGCAAGAGCGACCACUGCUAA